AUGCUGAAGGACAACGUUCUCGCCAUCGCCGAUUGCACCAUCUACUUAGCCAUUCCAGGCUUCCAAGAUUACACCGUCGCCGGCCAGGACAUCUUAGCGGUCCCAGAGCAGUGGUCCGCCAACGAAGACUUUUUCGCGUGUGAUGCCGAGUGCCAGCUGGUCCACAUCACCCGGGGCACCGUCUUCGAGGUCCGCUACAAGCAGGCCAACAGCGUCGUCCACUACAGUAAGCUGAGCGACGGAGAGUCCUUCGCGAGUGUUCGGCGGGACUAG